UCUGUAUCAACUCGUGCAUCGUUCAUCCUGGACGGAAGCUAGCAAAGAGGCUCACGUACGCACGCACGCAUACAGCUGGCUAUUCAGCGAUCGAUUCUCAGGACAGCCACUCCAGCCAGCAUGAUCGCCGCACUUGCUUCCAGGCGGGCCGUCCCCGUCGCCGCUCGCGCCCUCCGCCAGCCGCAGAUGCAGGCGAGGCGUGCGAUGCACAUCGAGAACACGGCUGAGACGGUGAUGCCAUUCAAGCAGGGCCCAUCCGUCAAGGUCCCGAUCGCCGUCUGCCUCACCCUCUUCUUGGCCGGCGGCUUUUCACUGCCCUUCAUCGCUGCUCGCUUCCAGAUGUGAGUCCUUCGUUCUUGGCACAUGUUGCUCACCCAUCCCAUUUCUUGUGCUCCGAUGUGUGCUUCACAUGCUGAUUUGCAUUUAAACUUGCCUGCGCAUCUCUUCGCCAUAUAUUCACAGGAAGAAGUCGGCCGGUGCAUGAAGGCCCCACAUGUAAACCUUUUCGAACGCAUCGAAUAUCAUACAUGCUGGACACGCCGUUGCAGAUCGCCAAGAAUGAGUUGAUGAUGUUCUAGAGGCUUCUUGCGUACAAAGGUG